AUGUACGCGCUCCCAAAUCGCCGUGGCGGCCACAGGAAACGGCUUUCUGCUCUCCGUCUUUCCUCGGACUCGACUGUCACCACCCUUCCCGUCUACACCUCCCCACCUUCACACCGACAGUCCGACCUCCCGGAGAUUCCAUCAGAACAGCCUCCGGCGUACUCAGAUAGCGCAGAAGAGGCAGACGAGGACACAGACCCGAGCGAAGCUGAAUCUUCGACAGCAUACAUUCCCAGUCCUCCCCCGAGCAUACCCGUUUCGCCAAGGCGUGCACGCCGUUCUCAGGGUUCCUCGCGGAGCAGCCACAGAAGGCAGAAAAGUAUCGCGAGCGCCAGCGACCCCUUCCUCGACUCCCUCUUGGAACGUAGCGUCCACGCGCUAGAGAUGUCCAACGCACUCCUCCAGUCGUCCAUGUCGACCCAGACGAGCCUUUCGGCAGUGCUCGCCGACGAUUCUGAGGCGGAUCGGCAUCUCGAAGAGAGGGCGCAGCUCUUGACAUCGCACAUCCGGGGUAAUAGGGAUCAGCAGCGAUCCUGGAUGGACGACUUGGACGAGAUCACGCGGGGUGUAGAAGGCCUCGUCAAUGGCGAUAGCUCAGAUGAGGAAGGCUCGCAGAUCCCUCACCAAUCGUCCAUCAGUCGGAGCCUCCCGAGUUCGUCGGGCUUCUCAGAGCAUAUGCGGUCACGGCGAAGUCGACGGGGCUCUGCAGACCUCCGAGGCCAGCACAACCGCGCAUCCCAGUCAACCACCAAUCUGCAGCUCUCCGUACAUGAUCGCAACGAUUUUGUUGCACCUGCUCCACGGGCGAUUACUAUGUAUGUCGACUCCUCUGAAGCCGCUGAUCUGAUAGCCCUUCCUCCUACCCUUGGUGUCCGUCCUGCCUCUCGCGCGCCGCCCACGCCUCUCAUAAACCAGACCGGCUUCGCCACACCAGCCCCAGAACCGGAGUCGACGCCGGCGUCAGCACCUGCUAGGGCGGGUCGUCCGAAUAGUCGAGCAGCUGAGAUGCUCGCAUCUUACGUCAUGCCUCGCAGAUCGUCUUUUUCGUCUUCUUCCCCGCCGACUUCGAGGACCCCUCGGAGGUCCUCUAGCAGCAGCACUUCGACGGUGAAACGGCCUCGUGUUUCCCCCCCUCCCCCAAUACGCAUCGACGCAUCGUCCUGCGGCUAUUCUACGGCGCUGUCCUCUCGCUCAAUGUCACCCGUCCAUGGCUCUCCUGCCCUUCGCCAACAUCGGCCACUCACGCCGCCUAUCGAGGAGCUGUCCACUUCGUCCGCAUCUUCUGAGUCAGCCACGCUUCAUGUCGACCGCACGGUCGAGUCGCUCCGUGAUAUCUUGAAGAAACAACGCUCUGUCUCGCAGGCGCUGGGCAAGGCCCGUUCUUCCUCCACUCAUUCUGCCCCGCCCAUCCCCAGACCUUCGCUUUUGUCCCCUCCCUCUGUUGCGCCAGUCUUCAGCACGUCCACCGCUACCGCGUCGGUAUCCCGGUUGUUUACGAAGGGAAAGCACACGACCUCCCGUGCCCAAUCUCCUCCCAAGCAAUCCUCUAUGAAGAAGAGCUCCGCCCCCUCCACGCCUGUCGUUCCAUCUCCCGCUAUGUCCUCUCCAUCGCCAUCCAUGCUUCACGUUCCCGACCUGUUCGGCCUCGGGCGAAGUAGAAGCGCAGGCUCGUCUGGCGCGUCCACGCCCAAGCGCAUAUCGUUCAUCGAGCCCGAGUCCUACUCGAGCUCCAAGCCCGAGGGCUCCUCGAGUCAAUUCCUCGCCACCAAAACUCGCUCCAAGUCAAAGUCCAAGUCCAGCCUGAAAGACCGUGAUCUCACCGGAAAGGGCAAAGGGAAGGCGAAGGACGGCGCUGACGGCGAUGGCGAGUCGGCGAAGAUGGGCUGGUGGACGAGCUGGCUGCUUGGCGCGGCGGGCACAGAGAGCGGGGGCGCGCUGGGCUUGGGCGUCGACCGUGUGCGGUCCGAGGAGCGGUACGCUUACGGAAGCUCGAGGACGAGUGCUUCGCCUGCGGUGGGGACGUGGAGCAUGAGGCAUGGUUAUGGAGGGAGCGUUGAGGAAUGGGGCGUAUGA